AUGCGGGAAACCUGCAUUUGUGGGCCAGAACGGCGUGCCUGCGAAGCGCUGCGGAACGGAAAGGCCGAAAAUUGCCUCUCUUGCUCGAAGUGGCCGAAGGUCACCUUGAACGGGAAGUUAAGUGACUUCUGCUCCAAGCGUUGUAGUAAGAUCACUUUCAAUUCCGCUCCACUUAUCCUGCACAUCAAUGUCAGCAUGGAAUCCUUCGAAGACGUGUCAAAACAAUUCCGGAGCCAGUGGAAGCAUCCGACACAUGUCCCUACUGUCAUCAAGAUAUGGAAGAUAUUCUGCGACAAGCAACACAACGACCAGUUCUCGCGAUACCGGCUGAGCGUUGAGCGCACGCGUGAGAUACCAGGGGGCAAUAGCAAACGCCGUUGGCACGGAACGACCCGUGCGUGUAAGAUCGGCGACAGCGAGAUUCAGCCCGCCGUAUGCAACAGCAGCGUCUGCUCGCUCUGCGGGAUAAUCAAGACGUCGUUCCGCCUUGCGAAAUUCGGCCACCGAACGAACUUUGGUCGAUUCGGCGCGGGAAUCUACACUUCAGCGACGUCCUCGAAGGCAAACGACUACGUCCAAGAGCAGGGCGGAUCACCGUACAAGGCGAUGCUUCUCAGCGACGUCGUGAUGGGCAAGGCCAUAAAGUUGACCGUCGACAGUCCGUCGCUCACGCAGCCUCCUGCAGGAUAUGACUCGGUCGUCGGCGAGCCGGGAAGAAGCCUAAAUGAUGAUGAAGCCAUUGUGUUAGCGCCGCCGCUCGUAGUUUCCUGGCGUAUACAACCUUCAAAACUGCUUCGAGUAAUCCGUCGCGCGGCACCCUCGGAUCGCAACAUGAUCCGCACGUCAAGUAUAGCACUGGCAUUGGGCGAUGAGGAGAGUUGCGGUCGAGAUGCACGCUGGUUGCAGAGCGUGCAGACCGCAAGACCGAGAUCCGAAGGUAGAACCACGUCUGCAUCAUGUCAGCAAUCAUAUACGCCGAACGCAACCUGUUGCUAUCCUGGCUGUCACAAAGGCGCGUGGCAGAAUCCUGACGGCUCGUAUUCCUCCUUCUGCUCCAAGAAACAUAGGGAUACCAUGCAACAAUCCAAUGGGCCCAGCCCCAGCGUAGGCGGCGCGAAGCUCUGCAAGAAUUGUCAUUUGCGCCCGGUGUAUGUCGACGCUAAUCGCAUGCACGAAUUUUGUGGCAAUCGUUGCCAUGAUGCCUUCCAGGGAGGUAUCAGAGGAGCCCAAGGGAUUGUCCGCGCCGGCAUCUGCAAGCUCCCGGGAUGCCAGAAACCGGUCUACGUAGGGCCUAACGGCAAGCCAAGUGACUACUGUUCUAGGUCGCAUCACGCCCAGGGCGUGGAGUUGUGUCUCCUGUGCCGGCAGCGGCCCAAGGUCAUCAUUAACGGGAAGAUGAGCGACUUCUGCUCCAACCGCUGCAAGGACGAUACAUUUGGCUCGACUCCUGUCAUUUUGAACAUAAGCCCGGACAUGGCAUCCUUCCAAGACGUCUCGAAGCAGUUCACCGAUCAAUGGAAGCACUCCACGACCAAACCUGCCAUAGUCAAGGCGGGUAUAUGGAAGGUCUACUGCCAUAAGUCCCACACUGACGCGUUUAUGUCGUAUAAGCGUCAUGUCGAACGUAACACCCACAUUACCGGGGGAAAUAGUAGGCGGAGGUGGCACGGCACGACCCGAACCUGCACGAUCGGCGACUCUGAGAACAAGGGUGCUCUUUGCAAAGAUGCCAAGUGUUCAAUUUGCAGGAUAAUUGAGUUCUCCUUCCACAAAGGCAACGUGGGUGUAUUUGGCCCAGGGAUAUACACUUCUGCAACAUCGUCGAAUUCGAACGCCUAUGUCAAGAAUUUAGGCGGCUCACCGUACAAGGCGAUGUUGCUCAACGACGUUGUGUUGGGUAAGACGAUCAAGAUGACGAACUCAAGCACAUCCUUGACCGAGCCACCGCACGGCUACAAUUCUGUCAUCGGCGAGCCUGCCAGCGGUAGAUUGGAUUAUGAUGAAGCUGUUGUCUACAGGAACGACGCCAUUAGGCCACUGUUCUUGAUCAUCUACAAUGGCUGAUUUUCACAAUUGCAUUCGCUUCGCUUCCGUAUAGCUCUAUCAGGGUCCCGUAUUCUGUCAUCUCCCAGCUCUAGUUUGUCAAUCUUGGCUUUGUAUGAACUGGUUCCUUGGCACUGGCAUGGCACGGUGUAUGUAGGUCUGCAGCUCAUAGAUCGAUGUCGUGACACUUCUUCGUCGAGUCUACACUUGCGUAUCAUCGUUAGCUAGUUCGGUCCAGUACUAACUCAAUGGUGACGACCUCACUGCAGGGAACGGUC